AUGAAGCCCAUCAGCGCCCCCUUCACCGUGUUCACGGACCGCAUGCGCGGGCGAGGCGACAAGACGAAAUGGAUCGAGUACAUGAUUACGGCCGCAUGUGCCAUUGGCAACAUGUUAUUCGGAUACGACCAGGGUGUUAUGGGCGGGUUCCUCACCAGUGCUCCAUUCGAGAAGACCUUCCCCGAGAUCUCGAACGGCAACGCCACACUCCAGGGCUUGACAGUCGCCAUCUACGAGAUCGGGUGCGCGGUCGGUGCCUUGAGUGUCAUUCUCGGCGGCGACAGAUUUGGUAGGCGGAUCACGGUGAUGCUGGGACAGACCAUCCUCAUCGUCGGGUCUAUCCUGCAGGCAUCGUCUUACAGUCUUGCCCAGCUUAUCGUUGGUCGAAUCGUCACUGGUGUUGGUAAUGGUAUGGCAGUAGCCGUGCUUCCGACUUGGAACGCCGAGUGCUCGCGUGCCGAGAAUCGAGGCCGUGCCGUCCUUUGGCAGUUGAACGUCAACAUUCUUGGCAUUGCGAUUGCCUACUGGGUCGAUUACGGCGUCAAUCAGUCCGCUGCGACGGCCAAUACCGGUUGGGCUUGGAGAUUUCCGCUGGCACUGCAGAUCGUCUUUGCCCUGAUCACGAUCUUCCUCUCGUUCUUUCUACCUGAGUCACCCAGAGUCUUGGUCAGGCUACGCCGCCUGGAUGAUGCUCGUGACGUUAUGGAUAUGCUAUCCGUGGUCGAAGACCCCGAUUUGCGCGCUGAAGAAACGAGUCUCGCCAUGUCGUUCAUCAAGCAGAACCUCGAUGAAGAAGCAGAGACCGAGACGGGAUGGGGCGACAUCUUCACCCAAGGGCGGCCGCGAUUCUUUCAACGUAUGGUAUUGGCUGUUGUCUCCCUCUGCAUGCUUCAGAUCAGUGGUAUCAAUUUGAUCACGUAUUACGCGCCCGUAAUCUUCGAGAACACGCUUGGAAUGUCUCGCAACACCAGUCUUCUUGUCACGGGUUUCAACGGCCUGGAGUACUGGCUCGCAACCUUCAUCCCAAUUCCCCUCGUCGAUCGCAUCGGCCGUCGACCCAUUAUGCUCGUGUGUGCUGUCGGACAGAGUUUGAGCAUGGCUGUCCUGGCGAUAACCAUUUCGUACCCUGAUAACAAAACUGCGGGUUAUGUUGCGGCCGUUUUCCUAUUCGUCUUCAACACAUUCUUGGCGAUCGGGUUCGAUGGAAUCCCGUUUCUGCUGCCCGUCGAACUCACGCCGCUGCAGACGCGUGGAAAGUCGGUUGCGAUCGCCAAUGGGUUCUUCUGGCUUUUCAACUUCCUCAUCGUGAUGGUAUCCCCCCUCAUGAUCUCUAACCUCAAAUACGGCACCUACAUCGUAUGGACGGCGACCAACGCCUGCUUCCUCCCGAUUGUCUAUUUCCUCAUUCCCGAGACGGCAAAAGCAAGCCUUGAAGACAUCGACAUCUUCUUCGAGGAGAACCCCAAGUGGAUCAUCGGGCCGGGGUCCAGCAAGAAGCUCGCGGCCAUCAUGUCGAACCGGGAAGCAAACGAGAGAUCGGCCAAGGAGAGCGAUCUUGUGGCGAAGGACAAGGUGGAAGCUAUCGAAGACAUCAAAAUGCAGUAG